UCUGUCUUUGUGUCUUUGACUAUGAAGUUCAACAAUUAACAUCUGUGGUAAAUAAAAUAAGAAUUUGCAAUGCGAUGACAGAAAUUGUUUUACAUUUUUUACUCUGCUAAAACUACAAAUUAGAAUAUACACGAUUGCAUUGUAACAUAAAUUUGUCAUGACAUCGUAUUAUGAGAGAUGAGUGUCUUCGGAGAUUUUCAACGCGUGUGGGUGCAACGUUUUCCAGAGAGUGCUUUACCAGCAGCCUGGGAAGAAGAUGUCAGGGCCAAUUUGGCUAAACACAAACAAAAAGUUGCUAUACUGAGAGAAGAAUUAGAAAAGGAAGAGUUUUACGUGGAGUAUUUGGAAACAUUAUUAUCAGAUGUGGAAAAACAUAAAGCUGCCGCGGAAGGCAACCGGACAGCUCCGCCCUCGGGGGGUGACGUGAACGAUGUCGACGAUAAGACUCCUGAUAGCAAGCAGGAUUCAAACACUGAUUCCUUAUCAAAGAAGAGUGAAAUAAGUCUUAGUAGUAAUAAAAGUGAUGAUUCAACCCCGGAAAUAGCAGAAUGUGAACCAGUGCAGCUCAGAAACAAGCCAGCUCGUAUUACCGAGAGGAGUUCAGUCAAUCAAUGCAUCAAUGAGUUAUCAAACCUUGCUGCUGAGGCAGCUAGAAGAAGGUGCAAUAGUGAAAUUGUCCAGAGACCUGAUAUAAAUCAAGAGACUAAUGCAGUAGAACAAGCAAGUCCAAAUGAAGCCAAAAACCGUCCAAUGUCACAAGCUGGUGAUUUUGUAACAGUCAUCGAGGUAAAUGGUCUGAAACUAGCUGAGUCUGCUUCGAAGAAGGCGGAGGAGUCUCAGCAAUCGUCUGAAGGUAGUCCAGUAGAUCCUGUCGCUAUUGCUAAGAAAAAAGUCCCACCUAAGCCUCCACCAAAAGUGUUUAGUAAGCGCGGCGCCUCAUUGCCAGAGUCUGGUCUACCAGAGGACAGCCCACCUUCCUCCCUGGGCCGUAGGAUUCGCAAUGCAGAAUCACGAGAAUCUAUUGCCAGUAGAGCCUCUACGCCCUCUAUUAGUGAAAGGGUAAAAAGCUACGAGUCAAUAAAUUCUCUAUCGUCCGAACGGAAACGUUCGGGUGGUGCGGCGACUCCGCGAUCUAUUGAUGAGGAGGCUACAUCCACGACGCCUGAUCUAGGUGAAGGCACCGACGCCGACAAGUCUGCGCCGAUAUCGUUGGAGAGUAUACCGGCAGCUGUACCUGGGUCCGAAGAUGAACCUUAUUAUGAUCAAGUGCCCGUUGACAUCAAUGAUGGCGAAUACGUUUAUAUACAAGCAGGCGGCACAGGUUCGAGUACGGAGGACGGUUCGAGCGGCGCCAGCGCCCCGCCCGCGCCCACCGCGCCGCGCGCUCCGGACUCGCCGCCCUGCGCCACCGCGCCCAACUACGUCAACAUACACUACUUUAUACAGAAAGGCGGUGACGGCACCGAACCAAACGACAAUGCCUCAGACCUGGCCGACUCGAGUGACACGCCCCUUUUCUUAAGAACUAUAUCCUCGGACACAGACGCUAGCGCCACGCCACCGGCCUUGAGGAAACUACAAACACAGGAGUCGAGCAGCAACAAUGCGGAGGCUGAGCGGCUAACGAUGCACCGUUGUAUAAUAACGAGUAUUAUUGAAAGCGAAACCGUUUAUGUUGAAUGCCUUUACGUUAUGGAAAAGUACAUGAAUGCCAUAAAAGCGACGCUUUCGACAUCCCAGCCAGUAAUAACAGAGGAAGAGUUCAAUACUAUUUUCUACAAGAUAUCUGAACUGCACGAGUUGCAUAAAAACUUCCUCGAAGGGUUGAAAGCAGCGGUCGCAAGCUGGGAAGAGCCUCUAUCUGUAGGGAUCCAUUUCAAGAAAAUGGCAGAGAACAUAAACAUAUACGGCGCGUUCCUGCACAACUACGGGCGCGCGACGGACGCGGUGCGGCGACGCUGCUCAUCAUCGCAGAGCUUCGCGCACCUCACGCGCCAGAUCUCCUGCCACGGACAGCCCAUGUCGCUGGACGACCUGCUGCACAAACCCGUCGCCAGGGUGCAGAAGAACGCACUAGUCUUACAUGAUCUUAUAAAAUACACACCAGCUAGUCAUCCUGAUCACGCUAUGCUGACGGAAGCACUGAAUAUGACACAACAUUUCUUAGAUGAGUUCAAUAUCAUACAAACCAAGUCCAUGUUCCCUAAUGCUGAUCGCGCACAAAGAAGACUCGUCAAAAACUCAUUUAUCGUAGAACUUUCUGACGGGCACAGGAAAUUGAGACAUCUAUUCCUCUUUAAUGAUGUCAUCGCUUGUGCCAAGUACAAGGCAUCAGGGCGGGACAAGUUUACAUUCGAGUUGAAGUGGUUCAUUGCUCUGCCGGAAAUCGUGGUAGUUGAAGACGAGAGCGUGGGCGCGAGCGCGGGCGACACGCGGGAGACCUCGCCCGCCAAUAUCGUCGCCUUGAAGUCGCAGGCCUCCACCGUCAGGGACCUCAUACUGGCUGAGGAGCGCGCCGCUGCCGACGACAAGAAAAUCCGCCUGGGCGGUCGCGGCGCGGCGGAGAAGCAGCGCAAGAAGCUGGCGGAGCUGGAGGCCCAGCUGGUGCUGGCCUCGCCCAACCUCGUGUUCCGCGUGGGAGCGCGCGCGCCCGCCUCGCCCGCGCUGCAGCGGCAACACAUCUUCUUCCUCAGCUCCGAGUACGAGCGCACGCAGUGGAUCGACUCCAUACAUGCGCUGCAGGCAUCUUCUGCGCCGCCGGGCGGGGCGAGUGGCAUCUCGAUGCUGGAGCUGCAGGCGUGGGUGACGGCGUGCCGCAGCUACCUGCAGACGGACAUGGGCUCGUACCUGCUGCGCAGCGGCCGCGACGACUCGCUGCUGCUGGGCGACCUGCAGCUGCACAUCGGCGGCAUGACCGCGCCGCUCGACACGGCCGCCGAUUACUAUAUAGUGGUUGAGGUAGACUCAUACGGUCACUACUUCCGCAAAGCCAAAUCGAAGCUCGUCUGUCGUAGUGCGCAGCCGCGCUGGAAUGAGAGCUUCACACUCGACCUGGAGGGCUCGCAGAACUUGCGGCUGCUAUUGUAUGAAGACGCCGCUCGACCCGUACUGCGCGGCAAAUGCACUAUCAAGUUGUCCCGCGAGUGGGUGUCGGAGGUGGGCGGCGGCGGCGUGGGGCGCACGGUGCUGGUGGGCGGCGGGUCGCUGACGCUGCGCCUGCGCCUGCUGCCGCCCGAGCGCACGGCGCGCCGCGUGCCCGCCGCCAAGCCCGGCGCGCUCUUCGGGGCCAAGAUCACGCACGUCGCCAAGCGUGAAAAGCGCAACAUCCCAUUCAUCAUCAGCGCGUGCGUGCGCGAGGUAGAACGCCGCGGCAUUCACGAGGUGGGCGUGUACCGCGUGUCCGGCAGUGCAUCCGACCUCAACCGGCUAAAGAAGAGCUUUGAAACAAAUGCUUAUGAAGCCGAGCAGCUACUAAAGGAGGUCGACAUACACUCUGUGACUGGCGUUCUGAAACUAUACUUGCGGGAAUUACCCGAAGCAUUGUUUACUGACGCACUCUAUCCCGAGCUACUGAAAGCGUGGGGUGCUACGCAAGGUGCCGGCACAUCUGUAGACUCGGGGCCGGCGCAGACACGACGCCACGCUCUCCUCAAGUGCUACGCGCAGCUACCCGACCUUAACAAGAACUGCAUCGAUUUCUUGCUAAACCACUUUGUCAAAGUAAACCAGCACGAGGGCGAGAACAAGAUGUCGCUGCACAAUCUGGCGACGGUGUUCGGCCCGACGCUGCUGCGGCCGGGCAGCGCGGGCGCGGGCAGCAAGCUGCGCACGGACCUGCUGGCGGCCGGCACGGUGGACGCCAUGGCGCAGGCCGGCAUCCUGUACUGCCUGCUGCAGCAGCGCCAGCUGGCCGCGCAGCUGUCCUCGCACUACCGCGCGCCGCAGCAGCUGCUCGACUAGCACUACUAACACGUUUACUCAUUCCUUUACUACACACGCUAUUGGUUAAAUAUUUUGCCUAAUUGUCGUUGUUAGCGAACCUACUAAACCUUUUAUUUCAUAUGUAUAUUCUACUGCAACGCGCUGUUAUAAUUUAAAAAGAAACAUACAAAAUUAAAUAUCCGUGUAGACAGUAUUCUUCUAUGUAAAUAAGGUAGGAUUUAUAUUUACUUUACUAAUGUAAAUAAGCCUGUGUAGGCUUACACGAAAUACCCUGCCGGCCUCAAUUUAUUCCAGUAUUAUAUAGUCCCAAUUAAUUACUGUAAUUGUUCAUUUUGGCUGAAAGCAAAAAUAAUAUCAUAAUUUUGAUAUCAGACAUUUAUCUGUGUAUAAUUUAGUUUUUUUUAUAAUCAUUCAAUGGAAAGCAAAACAAUACGUGCAUUAUUAUUGCAUUGAGUUACAUAGACUAGCCAAAUUUUAUCGCUCAUUAUUUUUAAUUUACAAAAGUACACACAAUCUGGGUGAUAUUGCUAUGAUAAAAUUAUUCCAAAACAAUUGCAAUAAUGAAUACUGAACGAUUCAACUGAAUACAUUCCAUAAAUAACGACAACAGACUGAACAUAGAUGUAUCGUUUAGAAAAUAAAUCCUUUACAAAAAUUAGCAUGUAUGUGUAAUAUGAAGAAGAGUUGUAUGUAGAUGGCACUAAUCGACAUUAUCCGACUGCCGUGUAUUGCGUGAAUAACGAAUGUGUUUGCGGUUGUGACGUGUGCAGCUGACACCGCCGCCGCGCCGUCGGGCGCACAGGUUGUUGUUUAGCUUCAAGGAAAUAAUGACGUAAUGAUUCAGGAAGAUUAAUUGUUAAUAAGCGAGUAUUAUGACGAGGGACCGAAAUAAAUUUAAUAAUUUAUGGUAAUAAAAUCAUUAGCAUAAAUUGGAGCAGACUGAUAAUACAUAAAUUGUGAGCGGUAGUAGAGUUAAUUUUCGUAAUAUUUGAAAAAGUCAUAUAUCACUACUGUGAAGUUCAUAGAAAUCAUACAAAUGCUUGUGCAAUUAAUGUAGUGGAAAUUGCCGUAACAACAUUGAGCUUACUGAUCGCUGACACAACUUUAUUACUGAAUGUAGUUAACUAGGUAAUGAUUUUUUUAAGAUUGCAUAGUUUUGUUUCAAGUUGUUUGUCCAUGAAAAUCUUACUUGAACUAUGACAUAAGAAUUCAGUCAUACAUCAAUGCAACGCAGUCUCUAAAUCGAAUUUAAUUGUGUAUUUCACCUUUGGUUUAUAUCAUUAUUGAAUCAUUUGAUAUAAAUGUACCUUACGUACUACUGUACGCACCAUAUGAAUAAUAUGAUAAAACAGAUAGAUGUUUAUUAAGACAUGAUGGACAUAAGGUCCAUUGGUCCAGAUAUAGCAUUUUACAUGCCAGUCGUGUGUAUGUUAUUAUUAUAAGCUUAUGUUGUAUCAGCACCACAUUCUAGUUCUUUUCUAUGUUCCCUGCAACAGUAGGUGUCACAUUAAUCGAUAUUGAUGAUAGGUUUAUAAUGUAGGUGUUUUAUUUCACAAAUAGGCUUAGAUGAAUGGUGUUAUAUUAGUACUUAAAAGAAAAUUUUACCAAAUAUAAAAAUUCUUAGAACAAUGUUUAUUUCAUAUAUUAAUUUGUGUUUAUUUUGUUGAAAGACAUUAAGUAACGUUUAAUUUACGAUAUUUUGUUGUUGAGUAAUAUAUUUUAUAUCUAGGUAAGUGACCGACGUUUUUGUUUUGUCAACACUGAAUACAUUUUUUAUUCUUCACCAAAGACAUUGAUUAUUCACGUAUUCUUUUAUCUUAUCUGAUUUUCACAAAUGCCUUUUCUUUAAACCUUUUAUAGUACUCUCACUGUAAGUAAAUGUGCUUUUAUACCAUAGUGUUCGUCUCGAACUACAUCAUAUGUAAUAAGUACUUGUAACUUAAAUACAUAAAGUUAAUUUAUAUAAUUGAUAGAAGUUAUGUAUAGUUCCGAGUGUUUCCAUAUAACUCAUGACUUCUUUUAUUUGUGUAGUAACUUCUUCAUGGUUAAUCGUAAUGGCGACGUUUGAGUGCGAGAGACUUUGUCUUUUUAGAAUCACUAAAAUAAAACUUACAUACCCCUAAGAAUGUAAAGAUAAGGCAAUGCAAUUAUGAGUUGCUUAUGGUCAUCAAAGAACACCAUUUAUCAGAACAAAUUAGCACCUUUGUAUUCAGUCAUUAUUUUAUAUUAAUGUUAGGAGUAAUCUUUUUAUCAGACUGAGAUGUAUACCUGUGCUUGCUGUUGCCAAAUUAACUGUUGCCAAUUUUUAUUCUACUAUAAUAGAACAGCAUUUUUAUAUUUUAAUGAAUGGAAAUAAUAACCCGAACACAUGUAAUCAUGACAACAUGACAUCAAAUGCGUUUUUUUAAUAAAGGUUAUCUGUCAAUGUAAUUCAUGUGAUUUCAAAUCUUUAUUUAAAUACAUGUUACCUUGCAGCCUAUUUUUUUAAGAUAAGUAUAAGUUUGCUAUUUAAAUACUUAAUAUUAUUAUCUUACUAUGUUACUGAAGAAUCGAUUUUGCACACAGUCUGAAGUAAAUUUUGGCAAAAGUUAUAUGAAAUUGUUAUGUGGCCUAUGUGUUGACAUAUUGCUCCAUUAAAAAUACAGGUUGUGUGAAAAAUCUCUUUAUCAACUGUAUUAUAAUAUAGUAUUCCACAAUUUGGUUAUAAUACCUAAACUUUGUAUUUAAUUUUUGUAUAUAAAUGACACUAAAAUGUAGUUACAUAAAUUUUGCAAUAAAAAGUAUUUUUAAUACACCUUU